CCCUUCCCUUUUGCUCUGACAGCAUGUCUGGAGGAAGUCUCCUAUUUGCUGCUUACAGAGCCCUCCUCCUUCAUCUUCUUCUUCUUGUUGUUCCUUCCUCUUGUUCCCAAACAGCUUCCAAUAAUAUUACAGCUAAUAAAGCUCAUGAUUGUACCCGUUCUUGUGGAAAUAUUAACAUAAGCUCUCCAUUCCGAUUGAAAGGAGACUCUAAACACUGCGGCGUCAGCGACAAUUACAAUAACUUCGAGCUAUCUUGUGAGGCAAAGGGAAAUGGUACUACUCAUCAUGCAGUGCUAUCCUUGUUAUCAGGAAAGUAUUAUGUACAAGCAAUCAAUUACAAUAACUUCACAAUCCGACUUGUGGAUGCUGGUGUUCACAAGAUCAAUGACAACCACUUCUCCCACCCACUCUACUCCUUGACCCCUUUCAACUUUUCUUACUCUGAUUAUUACAGCCCCAUUUACAGUUAUGAUUACCCAACAGCAUCAUCAAUGUCUAUAAUCUUCCUGAGCUGUGAAAUUCCAAUGAAUCCUUCCGAUCUCAUUGUUGAAACAGCUCCAUGCAUCAGUUCUUCUUCCAAUUCUUCUUUCUCCAAUUUAACAACAUAUUCUUAUUUCAUAAAAUUGCGGGUUGGGCGUCCCCUAAGGUUAAACAAUUUGGGGGAUUCCUGCAAAAUAACACUAAUGAUUAUGGUGUCCCCUUCAACUGAGGAGCACAUGACGUCUUGCAAAGGAAUAUUUAAUGAAAUAGCGCAUGGCUUUCAACUCUCAUGGCUUUAUUAUGCAUGUUUCGAAAUUUGCGGAACAAGUGGUGAUUGCCGGCUGAACAGCACCGGCAAUGGAAUUCAAUGCUCACCCCGGGAAGAAGGUUAG